GCCAAUGAGGUCACUGAAAGCCAAUCCACUGGGUUUGUUGAGUUGGAGUUUAACCUUUGGACCCACGUAAAAGAUCUGGGCGAUAGAGAGGACACUCCGAGGAACAAAGACGGGGCUACAAAACAACAAAGCGAUUUGGCAGUUUUUUGGCUGGAUCUCUGCCUUGUUGUAGAUCUGUCUUCUAAAGGAACAAAAUCUAAAUUAUAAUGGAACACUACCCAGAUCAGGGUUGUGGUGACAUGGAGCUGCUCGACUGGCUGUUUGAUCAAAAAGAUGGAAUUCUACGAAAUGAAGAGACACAACACCAUGACAACCAUCACACUUGGACAGUCCAGGAAACGAAUAUUCUACAGCCUCCUCAACAGGCAGAUGAUGACUUCCUUAGUUCCCUCCUGAGUGGAGGUAAUUCUGUGUCGCCCUCCCCUCUCUGGUCACCGUCUCACAGUGACAGUGGGAUUAGUGAGGACCCUGCCUCAGACCAGAUGGACAGUCCACAGCGCUCUGAGAGCCCCCCUGAGGACAUGAAGUACUUUAUUCAAGGGCCACAACACAAGGCAACCCUGGAAGCAGCCGGUGUCUCGUCAGAUGACUGGAAUCCUGUCUUUUCAAUGGACAGACCACCACUGACACAGUAUACUGCUGAUGUAAAUGGACAACAGCUGUCCUCUGGCUUCCCACUGACUGUGAAAGAUCUGCUGCUGUCUGGAACACAGGAACCGCCCCAACAGCCUUCCCAGCAAUCCAUUCAAGAGUUGAUUCUCAGUGAGGAUGAGAAGAAGCUGUUGACAAAGGAGGGGGUGACUCUGCCCAGCAAACUGCCCCUCACAAAGUAUGAGGAAAGAAUUCUGAAGAAAAUACGCCGAAAGAUUCGCAAUAAGCAGUCUGCCCAGGAGAGCAGGAAGAAGAAGAAAGAAUACAUCGACGGAUUGGAGAGCAGGAUGGCUGCCUGCAGUGCUCACAACCAGGAGCUGCAAAGGAAAGUGACACAGCUUGAGAAGUGUAACAUGUCAUUGAUUGAACAACUUCACAGACUGCAGGCUAUGUUUAUGAAUACAACUAACAAGCCAGCCCAGACUGGGACAUGUGUACUGGUGCUUGUGCUGUCGCUGUCCUUAAUUCUGUUCCCGAGCCUCAAGCCUUUCUCUGAUCCCAAGGUCAGCCAAGGAGACUUCAGCCCCGUCAGAAUCCAGUCACGCUCCCUGCAGAACCUCCAAGCUUCCCGAGUGCUGCAUGACACUGAAGCCCCAGUUUUUAAUGAGAAGGAAUCCAAACCUCUGCACCGGCAUUUUCCUGGAGAUCAUGAAAUCGAAGACAUUUCUGCCAUAAUGGGAAAGCUGGGAUUGAACCAAGAUCACUCCAGUUUGGAAACUUUAUCCGUGAACAUCAAUGAAACCGAAAGAAUAAGUCAUUACCACGUAGACCCAAUUACUGGUCACAUCGCCACGGUCACCUUGGAUCCCCGCCGCUCUGCCAAGCUUCAACCACACGCUGAUGAUAUGUAAGAAGAAAUUCUACUGAUGAAUUCCUCGUCAUGUCUUCCUCCUAAUGGAGGUCACAGGGAAGAAUUUGGCUUUGAAUCAUCCAUGUUUGAGCCGAAUUGUUGUAUAUUCAGUCUUUAUGACUUUCCCUUUUUGUCAUACUUAUUUUAUAUUAGUGAAAAGAUUCAAAUCCUUCAGAUUCAACCAAGCACAGCUUUGGGGCUGGGGGGCAAGGUUAAUCACAGGUACAGGAACUGGAAGACAGGAAAACAUGAAUUACUGUAAGAGGGCUGGGAGACAUGUAGCUCCAAGUAUUUUUUAUUCAAAAGAAACCUAGUUAAUAAUAAAAACCCAAAAAAAAGAAAGGUGGACGUGAAAGAAGAAUAAGCCGAGUUAUUCCAAGUUAUUCCUCUAAUACUUUUAUAGCGCCUGAAGGGACAUUCCUAAAUAUUCCCGAGGGAGAUGGGACGUUUGAUAAUUUAGUGUCAUCAGACAAACUGACGAUACUAACUGCAUUUAGACUAAAUAAAAAGAGUGAAAGUUAGCAUAAAGUAAUUUUUAGCUCCCUUUAAUAAACAAUCUACACGUUCCUUAAUCUCCAACUUUUGUUCUCUUUUAUUUGCUUCGCUCCUAUGGCGUAUUCAAUCAGGGUAAAAGUCUCUACCAUCAGCAUUUCCAAUCAGCACUCCAAUCCAUACCUCUGAUUAGCUGAGUGUGCGCGGAGCUGAGGAGCCUUUACACUUAAAUGGGUUCCCACUGAGCUGGGUCGGCCAUAAGGGAAUGAGGAGACACCAGCCAAUCAAAGCAACCCCUGUUUUUUUUAAUCUACCAAUUGGUUUUUUUUCUUUCAAGGUGUGACGUGGAUCUAAAUGAACUCACUCGGUAAAUGAGCUCCUCCAAACUUUCUUAUUAACAGAAUAGUUUUUUUUCAAUAUCAGUGAGAGAAGAGAACUUAAACAACUAACGGCAUACUCAAGCUCGAGAACUCAGCGAUGAAUCAAUAUUUCACUCUUUGUUGAAGUAUGUAGAAGUGAGGAGAGCUUGACAUUCUUUUGUCUUUGACUAUUCGGAUUCUUCUGCCACAGCCUCACUUUGAAAUUGUGUCCAGCUCGCACUAGAGCAGAUGCCUUUUUUUAACUAAGCUUAUCAUAUCAGUGAAUAGAAUAAUAGCUUUAUUAUUUCUAUAUAAUGAUUAAAUGUUGAUCUUCCUUUCUCUGGUGUCAGUGCCGUACAUUAGGACACACUUAAAAACAACAUCAGUUCUUCUUCCCACCAGACAUUGUCAUAAUGGUUCUAUUAGAGGAACACAUUUUUUAACGUGACUCACCGUUUCUGGUGAAGCACUAAUUCAUGAUUUAAUUGGAAAUGCAGACAUCAGUGAAGCUCCACAUGAAUAUGGAAACGACUGUGGUUGCUAUUGUUUUGCACUGAAAAUGUAAAACCUUUGAACUAAAGGGUUUGGCAUCUAUUAAUUAUGAAAAGAAGAAAACCAUGAAUGGAUUGUCUUUAAUUAUGGAAUAAAGGGGGGGGGGGCAUAAAUGCCCACUUCUGGACUAUUUGUUGUAUUUAAUGUUUGCUUUUGCACUUUGUCACUUGUAGCACGCUUUUUGACCUUUUACUUAUUUACUUUUUGUCCAUUAACUGACCUGUAUCUGGUGAAUAGAGCGCAUCAUUCAGUUCUUAAGAAAAAUAUUUCCCCAUCAUUUUAGUGAUUUCAAUGUUGCCUUGGUUAAAUGGUCUCUAAACAGGUUCCUUACUCUGUCUGACCAGAGGAGCUGUAACCAACAAAUACCAAAGAUCAUGAUGUUCUAGCAGACAAGACAAAAAGCUGUAGUAAAAAUCAUUUUCAGUGAUAAGUGAUACUGUAAUUUCCAAGUUUCAUUUUGUCACUUUGCAAACUAUGAUUCCAUUAAAGUGACUGCGUAUUUGUUGUGUACAGCUAAUCUGGGUAAAGGACAAACUACUGGAGAAUCUGUGUUCAUUGAAAUCCAUUUGGCUGAUGAACCAUUAGAUGAAUCAGUUCAAUCCGAAUCACUGCGCAUUAGUCACUCAUUUGCCCAUUAAGGCAAAUGAGAUGAGAUGGGUCGUUUAAAAUGUCAUUUUUUGCAGAUAAUUGUUUUUUGUUAAUUUGUCACUAAUUACACAACCCUGUUAAUUAGCCUAACGACUGCUAAUUUGUAAGCGUCACAAGGUUUUUGAUAAUGACAAGGAACAAUAAAGCGUCCGAUCUGGUGAAACAACUGCAGCGGCACAUUUUGUGAGAUGACUUGAUGUUGGCUCAGGCUGGAAUGGAGAGAGAAAUGUAAAUAAACUGUGAUAGCGUU